AAUGUUUCCUUGUAGAGCCAGAUGAACCUUUUCAUAUUGGAACCCUAGAAGAAAAUAAUCUCAACCUAACGCUGGACUUCCAUAGACUCCUAACAGUGGAGCUUCAAUUUAAACUGAAGGCCAUUAAUCUGCAGACAGUGCGUCAUCAGGAACUCCCUGACUGUUAUGACUUUACUCUGACCAUAACAUUUGACAACAGGGCCCAUAGUGGAAGAAUUAAAAUAAGUUUAGAUGAUGACAUUUCCAUCAGAGAAUGUAAAGAAUGGCAUGUAUCUGGAUCAAUUCAGAAGAACACUCAUUAUAUGAUGAUCUUUGAUGCCUUUGUCAUUCUGACUUGCUUGGCUUCAUUAAUCCUCUGCGUUAGAUCUGUGAUUAGAGGACUUCAGCUUCAGCAGGAAUUUGUCAAUUUUUUCCUCCUCCAUUAUAAGAAGGAAGUUUCUGUUUCGGAUCAAAUGGAAUUUGUCAAUGGAUGGUAUAUUAUGAUUAUUAUUAGUGAUAUAUUGACAAUCAUUGGAUCAAUUCUGAAAAUGGAAAUCCAAGCUAAGAGUCUAACAAGUUAUGAUGUCUGUAGCAUACUUCUCGGGACUUCUACCAUGCUUGUGUGGCUUGGAGUUAUCCGAUAUCUCGGUUUCUUUGAGAAGUACAAUCUCCUUAUUUUGACCCUUCAGGCCGCAUUGCCCAAUGUCAUCAGGUUCUGCUGUUGUGCAGCUAUGAUUUAUUUAGGCUAUUGCUUCUGUGGAUGGAUUGUGCUGGGGCCUUACCAUGAUAAGUUCCGUUCUCUGAACAGGGUCUCCGAGUGCCUUUUCUCUCUGAUAAAUGGAGAUGAUAUGUUUGCCACAUUUGCAAAAAUGCAGCAAAAAAGUUACGGGGUUUGGCUGUUUAGCAGAAUUUACCUCUACUCAUUCAUUGGCCUCUUUAUAUAUAUGAUUUUAAGUCUUUUCAUUGCACUCAUCACUGAUACAUAUGAAACGAUUAAGCAUUACCAACAAGAUGGCUUCCCAGAGACUGAACUUCAUACAUUUAUAUCAGAGUGCAAAGAUCUACCGAACUCUGGAAAAUACAGACUGGACAAUGACCCUCCAGUAUCUUUAUUCUGCUGUUGUAAAAAGUAGCUAUCAGUUCUACCUGUGCUCUCUAGAGGAAAAUAUAAUGUAUAGCUGAGUUGGCAGACUAUAUGGAUAUUUUGAGAUCAGGUGUAGUAUGUUCAAACUAUUUUGAUAGCUAUAAUUCAUUGAGAACUAUGUUAAUAUUUUUAAAACCAAUGUUUAAUGUCUUUGCAGAUUUAUGCUGGUUUUGUUUUAAUUCUGAUGAGGGAAGCUAUUGGAUUAUUAUUCUUUCUUGUUUAUUUUGCCAUAGCUUUAGCUUGUGUUCUCUGUGCCCCUCUUUAGCUCUUAUACUCUUGCUUCCAGUUAUUCUGACUGUGAGAAUUAUGUCAUCAAUGGAAAACAAUCGUGGGACUGACAGUGACUUUGGACAGCUCAGUGACCCUAGCCUGGACCACUCUCAGGGAUCCAUCUCUGAGAGAGUGGGGAUAGUUAAUGUAUGUCCAGUUAUCAUCGCAUUUAAAAAAUCUCCUCUAAAGGAGAAUAAGAAAGAAACAAGCAUCACCAGCUAAUAGUACAAUAUUUGGUUCUGAAGGACAACUGUUAUUAUGCUGCUUUUAGUUCUGGAGAGGAUCAUGUUUUAAAAUAUUCAUUUAUAGGUCUUUUUUUUUCUCCUUCAGUGUUAAAGUACAAAGUUGAAAGAGUAUAUUACAUAUAUACGAAAAUUAAAGUAAAGCACAUACCAAAUGCAUA